AUAUGGGAGGUGCCAGGGGAGCAAAAGAGAGCAACCCAAAGCAGAUGGGGAGAAGAUGACGACGCACUCAAUAUGUGUGUGGGUGUGUCGGAGGGAAAAGGAGAAGGCAAUGUGUAGAGAGACUCACACCGCCUCCACCAUUACACACCUGUCAGAGCAGGUGGAGACACUGACAGCUGAUACCUGAACCUGGAGGUCUGGCUGGAGGGCUCCUCUUUAACUCAGUGGAGGGUUUUUGUUUCUUUUUUAUUUAUUUUUUCAUUUUUGAAGGCGUCGGGUUUUGAAUGAUUCUGUUUUGUCAUAUUUUUUAUUUUUCUUGACUAUUUGAAGAUUGAGAUUUGCUGGUGCCUCCAGUCAACGUAGGGAUUCGAUUUUUCAUCAAAACCUUUUAUUGAGAACACUUAAGGACUCUAUUAUUGUGGCACCUGCGUCUGUGAGAGCUCAGUCAUGGCAGACUUCCCGUCCAAAGUUACCACAGAGACCAGCGUCCCUAACUCCCAGAACUCCCACGGUGGGAACAGCAUCCGAGGGCUGCCUGGAAGCAUAUCCUCCAGGGUGGACUUUUCAUUUAUCCGAAGCAUCCCAGCUAUGCUGAUGAUCGCUGAAAUUGUUUUUGGGCUGCUCCACUGGGCGCUGAUAGCAGGCACCUCUAUAGUGGGAGGAGCGUAUGGCUGGGUAUUGUUUGUCGCCAUCACUCUGUGGAUCCUCACCACCAUCCUCUUCUUCGUCAUCCUGUUUGGUGUCACACAAACACUGCCUGCUGUCCCAUGGCCCCUGACGGUGAUGGUGUAUUUUAGCGCAGCCACAGUCCUCUAUCUCACUGCUUUCAUCACCAACGCAGCUUAUGUGACUCCCUUCCACGGGCUCUAUAUCUAUGGACAUUUGGCAGCUGCUGCAUUCUUUGGUGCUGUGGUGACCUUGGUGUACGCAGCCAGUGCUUUCUUCUCCUACUUGGACUGGAAGGGGGACGGAGGAAACGCCGCCACCAACACAGUGCCGACUUAGGGCUGUGCGGCCAGCGGUGCUGCUCCCAGGAACAAAGCUCACAAAACUCAGAUCCUGACUGAGGCAAACCCUGAUAAUAACCACGAGAUGAAAUCUGUUCCAGGUGGUUUAUUGUUUUAGCCAUCCCAGUAACACAGUAAAUAUACUGUAUUACUACUACUAUGAAAUGUAAUAAUCCUAGAUUGCAUUAAAAAUACACUUGAAUUAUUAUGUACAUAAAGUUAUAAAUUUCAGUAAUAAUUGAACAAAAUCUGAAAAUGUGAGCAGCAUUAAAAGAAAAAUAAGCACAGGCUGCAUGUGCCAACUACAGUGGAGGGUUAUUUGGUUAGUCUGCGAUCACCAGUGGAAAAACCUGUUAGCUAAGGGAGGACCGCAGAUCUCGACCUCCAGCUUUGGGCAGUUCUCUGCUGCAUUCUGCAUCUACCAACAAGAAGAUGAGGAUGAAACCGCUGAAAGUUGGCUUCACAGUUUGGGUUUACUGGGCCUAACAGAGCCUUUUAGCAAUAAAACCACCCAUAAUGCACCUGUAAGAAAAUAAUCAUGAUGCUGACACACUGACACUGGAUAUUUCUGCAUGAUUCAAAUAUGGAUCCACAGGCGUGGAACAGUUUUUGUGUGAUUUAAGUGAAAGUCUGCUCCUCUCCUGCUGUACUG